AUGUUCGCCAGCGACUUUAUCGAAGACGCCGUGCAGAGGACUUCGCUCCAGGUCGUGGCGCCGAACAUGCAAGCGGCGCUCUCUUCUCUCCGGCAGAUCGUCGCUAUGCAGAGCAAGGCUUCUUCCAACCGAGAGUUUCGGUUCCGUACGCAACAGCCGCUUCCUCCGGGUGGCUUGCCCGAAUUGCCCAUGCCGCCCAUGAACGCUGUCGUUGCCUUGCUUAAGCAUAUGAAAGUUUCUCCUCCCAGCAUCUUCUCACUUGCAUGCUCUUUUCUCGAUGUUGACGAUCUGGCUGAGCUCUGCCGGAGAGUGUACUUCUGCACGGACAACUUCGCUGAUACCACCUUCAUCAUAGUGAAUGGUGCGCUCUUCUACUUGUUCAUGGAACAAGCGUAUCUGGCUUCCGAUGCGACUGCGCGGGAAGAGUUCGAGAGGUAUCAACACAUGUGUCAAAAUAACCUCGAAAUGGCACUAGCUUCCUUGCCUUUAAUGCUCCCUGCAAAAAUCGAGAGCAUAGAAGCCUUGCUCCUGGCGGCCGUUUAUGCUGUGGAUGUUUCGAAAGCAUCCCUCGCGUGGCUUUUCACAUCGACUGCUGCAAGCUUGUGUCAGACGCUUGGCUACCACCGCGUAUCGCAAGUCAGGAGUGAGAGCGCCGGGCCCAGGGACAUCAAGACGCUUUUGUUUUGGCAUGUGUACAUGCUCGAUAAGACGUUGUCUUUGAGAACAGGGAGGGCAUCGGUCAUACAGGACUGGGACGUUACCUUGCCGCGGCGAGUCGACAACACCAUGGUUGCGGAUCCAUGGGGUCUCGUUAUAACAACAUGGAUCAAGCAGGCUGAGAUCCAGCAUCGCGUUUAUGAACAAUUAUACAGUCCUCUUGCUCUGGGCCAGUCGCAGGAAGAGCGCAUCGAAACCGUGCGUCGCCUGGAAGACGAACAAAAGACGAUCAUGGCCGCUGCGUCGCAUGUACGGGAACAGGCUCUUUUCGGCCUCAAAGCCCUCAACGCGUCAUCAAUUUUGGACAUACAUCUGCGAGGCGACGAACUGACGUUUCAGUCUACUUUAACGCUUAUUUACAGGGCAUUACCAGCGCCCGAAGGUUCACCAACACGAUUUUCUCAGGAAUGUAUAGACACGGCACGAUUUGCUAUGCAGCUGCACCUUGAAUGCAUGCAAAGAAUUGCCGAGGAAGGGCGGCACCUUAAAGCAGUCUAUAUUCACUGGGCAAUUCUUCUCACUCCUUUCACGCCCUUCUUCGUCCUUUUCUGUCACGUCAUCGACACUUCCAGUGCUGACGACUUCAAGAAGCUGAAUGAGUUCGUUGCUUCCCUUCGACCCGCGUGCGCCAUGUCGGAGCCGGUGGAGAAGCUUCACCAGCUCUGUUCAAUGCUCUGUAACGUGGCGACUUUGUACGUGGAGAGCAAGUCGCAGCAAUCAAAUGAGCGUGGCCCCAUCAACGACGAAUUUGAUGUCUAUCUGAGUGCGCUAGGAUUCCCGCCCACGGAGUAUCCUGCUUAG